AUGGCCAGGCUAUCCUUUAAGGGGAGGAUUGAGAAGAAGACACUGCAGAUGGCAAAUCACAGACAACGAUUAAAUGCAUUCGACGAGGCGAUGCUCCAUGCCUACAUUCCUGAUGUAGACUGUAGACUAAAUGGCGGCUGUGACGACUACUGCGACAAGUUCACGAAGAAGCUGACGGGCUGGGCAAAGUCAUCUGAAGUGGUAACAUCAAAGAGAGUAAAAGAAAGGAUUCCGGAAGAGAAGAAGAUUAUGGUACAGAAGCGGCGAAGGCUGAAGACAGCUUGGACCGACACGGUAAUGUACUGUAGUUUUUGCAAGCUCAUUAGACGGAUGCUGAAGAGGGAAGAUUUUGAGACCGGAUCGGGAAAAUUAGAAAAAUGGCCGAAGACUGCAGAAGCUUCAGACAACACAGGACAGAGUUAG